UAAAAGCAGGGUAAUUUUAAAACAACUGUUUACUGUGACCAAUGUCACAAAAAACUAUUCCUCAGCCCGUCGUCCUCUUCGGCAAACUCCGAACUCCAUAUUGGGCAGACUGGGCGUUUGUGGAGCCACCGAUAAGGAAAGCAACCAUCCUGGUAUAUUUUCAAUUUCUGCCUAUUGUACCUCUUGGAGCCUAGAUCCAAAGAGUACGCAUCCCGACGUUGCAAUCACUACUUAGGCCAGUGUUUUUGACACUUUGCCCCGCAAGAAAACUGCGGGUGGUCUGUACCGCAAUCACCACAUCGCAAAGCAAGGCAAAGACCUUCAGCUUCAACCAGCGACAAUCAUAGCAAAUAACAUAGCCAAGAUGGCCCAAACCGGGAUCGAAAAACACAUCUCCGAGCGUAGAGCGCUUCUGGAGAAAGAAAAGCUCAGUAGACACGACCACGUCUUCAAACAGAGCAUGUCCCCGGUCGCAAAAAGUGCGGCGGCCAUCCUUUCCAACAUUCGCAAAAAGGAACUGGAGACGUUCUGGACAGCGCCUGCGACAUCUUCCAAUUCCAAUGCUCGCUGCGAUUUGAAAGAGGUUAUGUUCCCGGGCAUGUCGUUUACCCUGUCGCGGGAUCGCAUGGAGAAGACGAAGCUGUGGAAGAUUAUUGCGGCUAUGCCGAAGGGCUCUCUGUUGCAUGCGCAUAUGGAAGCUAUGAUUGACAUUGAUUGGCUUAUUGAGCAGGCGCUUGAGAUUCCAGGGUUUUACAUUACGAGUCCAAAGUCGCUGUUCCCCGGGGAUAAGUGGUCGGAGCCGUUUGAAUUUGUGUAUCGGCCUGGUGCGCAGGAUGGGGCUGAGGUCGAUAUUUGGCAGUCGGAUUACACACCAAACCAACCUGUCCCGGUGUCAGCUGCGGCUAGAACGUAUCCCGGUGGCGUGGAGGCCUUUAAAACAUGGGCUGUGUCUAGGAUGACUAUCAAUGAGGAAGAGGCUUUACAGCAUCAUCAUGGGAUUAGUGAUAUCUGGAAGAAGUUUGGGUCCUGUUUUAUCGCCAUUUCUGGAUUAUUCUUUACGGAGCCGAUAUUUCGACGUUGCAUACCGAGAUUGUUACAGCAGCUCCACGAAGACGGCAUCAGAUACGUCGAACUGCGUCUAGGUAUCAACCAGCCAUUCUUCCGCGAGGGCUCGGACGUGGCAGAGCCCGAUUUCUUGUACUUCAUGCAAUGCUUUCAAGAAGAAGUGGAUUCUUACGUAUCCUCUCCCCAAGGCGCUGGGUUCUGGGGCGCGAGGAUAAUUUGGACAGCCCUUCGUGGAUUCUCUGACGAACCAAUCAAGAAAUCCAUGAAGCACUGCAUAGCCUGCAAGAAGGCAUACCCAUCUUCCAUAGCGGGCUUUGACUACGUCGGACAGGAAGAUUUAGGCCGGACUCUGAUCGACCUACUCCCCCUUACCAAAUGGUUCGAGCAACAAUGUGCCGAGAAGCAACUUCAAAUACCAUUCUUCUUCCACGCCGGCGAAUGCCUAGGCGAUGGCAAUAGCACCGACGGUAAUAUCGUCGAUGCCAUAUUAUUGAACUCCCGAAGAAUCGGGCACGCCUUCUCGUUGUAUAAACAUCCUCUCCUUAUCGACAUUGUCAAGGACAAGAAAAUCCUCAUCGAAAUGUGCCCUAUCUCCCAUGAAGUGCUACGCCUGACCUCAAAUAUUCUGAUGCACCCGAUGCCCGCGCUCCUGUCGCGCGGCGUGGCUGUUUCAUUGAACAACGACGACCCGGCCGUACUCGGGCAUGGAAACAAUGGAUUAAGCCACGACUUCUACCAGGUCAUGGCAGCGUUUGAGAACACGGGUCUUACGGGGCUGGCGACAAUGGCGGAGGAUAGUAUUAGAUGGGCAGCUUUUGAGGAUGAGACAGAAGCUGAGUGGCUUGAGGGAAUUGAGGGCCACGGCAAUGGGUUGAAGGCUGCCCGGAUGACAGAAUGGAGGGCUGCUUUUGAGAAGUGGUGCGAAUGGAUCGUUAAGGAGUUCGGUGAGGAAGGGUAAGGACUGGAUGUGUGCUGUCGAGGAUAGAGCGAUGGACCAAUGCGAAAUGAAAACAACUGUACAUAUUAGCAAUAUAUAUAGUCUUCACAUGACGUCAAAUAUCCCCCAAUUUGUAGAUUUAGGGUGCGUGGAUGGUGACGCCGUGACGGAGGAUGUUGGAGCUGGAGAAUGCGGACU